AUGGCGAACCUGGGUGCGAUCCUCAACAUUCCAAGCGACCGCGAGAAAGAGUGGCGGAAAGAUAGUAUGAUUCCUACGUCUGCGACAAGCCUUACAUCGCCCACAUCGCCGGACUUCACGUCUUCAAUGUCCACAGAACAGCCACCAGCAGUACCACCUCCUGGCGGCGCUUUGGACCAUUAUCGUUAUCGCGUCAAUGCGGCUGGCGAGCAUGAAGCCCAUUCUGGCUGCCCUGACUCCUUGAGCUGUUUAGUAGACACAAAUGAGCGACCCUUGUACACUAUCCCCGUCCUUAUCUCCUGCGCAAUACUAGGCAGUCCCGACAAGAAGAUGCUCGUCAGCGAGAUUUACCAGUCGAUCAUGGAGAAGUAUCCCUACUUCACGUCGUCAGAAUCAGUUGAAACUCGGUUCAAGCAAUCCCUUCGUCAUCAGCUGUCGUUGAACAGGCUGUUCGAGAGAGAGCAAGGUCAACGCCUCCUCACGCGCGGCUUUUACUGGAGCGUCAACCUCGCGGCGCCACCAGGGACGAAACGGCCGCGCAAGCGUGGCAGCAGGAAGCCCGACGACCCCGAACUGGCUGCGCCGAAGAAGGACUUGCAGAUAAAGGAUAGGCCGAUGGUACAGGAUGACCUUGGUCAGGGAGCAGCGAGUGGACUUGCAGGAGGUGGAGGAGCCGGGGAACCGCCGCCGGAUGUGACAAUGACAGAAGCAGGCGCGCCGAUGUAG